GCGUCGCCCCGCCCCCUGAACCUGGUGCGUUUUCUUCGGCUGUGUCGCUAUGGAAACGACUACUCCUUUCUUUCCCUUGGUCUUAAGCAGGAUGGCGGCUGGGGAGCCGCGGGAUGGAGGCGGCUACUACUUCAGAUUCCUGCCUCUUAGAACCUUCUCGUCUCUGAGCGCCCGGGAGAUCACCAGCCGGCUCCGCCAGUGGUCCAUGCUGGGCAGAAUCCAGGCGCAGGCGUUCAGCUUCGACCAGACGUUCCAGCCCUACCAAAAGGAUGAUUUUGUCAUGGCUUUUUUCAAAGACCCAAAUGUUAUUCCAAAUUUGCAGUUACUCUCAGAUUCUUCUGGACAGUGGACCACAUUAGGAACUGAAGUGAAAAAAAUUGAAGCUAUAAAUGUUCCAUGCACACAACUUUCAAUGUCAUUUUUCCAACGGUUAUACGACGAAAAUAUUGUACGAGAAAGUGGACACAUUGUCAAGUGCCUAGACUCUUUCUGUGAUCCAUUUCUCGUUUCAGAUGAACUGAGAAAAGUUUUGCUAAUGGAAGACUCUGAAAAAUAUGAAGUCUUUAGCCCAGCGGAAAGGGAAGAGUUCCUUUUCUGUCUUUUUAAGCAUCUCUGCCUCGGAGGGUCGCUUUGUCAAUAUGAAGAUGUGCUAAAGCCAUAUCUGGAGACAGCAAAGUUGAUCUAUAAGGAUCUGGUGAGUGUUCGGAAACAUCCUCGAACCAAGGAAAUACAAAUUACCUCUUCUGUCUUUAAAGUAAAAGCCUACGACUCUAUUGGUGUGUGCUACCCUUCACCGAAAGAGCAUGAGCAGACAUUCUCGUAUUUCGUUGUGGAUCCCAUCAAGCGCCAUGUGAAUGUCCUAUACCAUUGCUAUGGUGUAGGGGAAAUGGCUUAGUAUUGUUUAAGCCAUCUGCUAUACUGUUCUUUAAUUCACUGUGUCUCUACCAGCACUAACAGGUACAUAUAUGGGCUCUUUGCAGACCAAUCAAAGGCCACUGUAAUGAGCCCAUUUUGAGCUGAAGAGAACAAACACCAAAGUGCCUAUUUCUCAAUUUGCCCAGCAUACUUGUGCUGGAAUCCCGGAUAGAUCCUGUACAAAGUAGAAAGUCACAAGUUCAUGUUUGUUCUAUUAAGAUUGAGCCACAUUCCUAAUUUCCUUUUUUUAAAUUUGUUUUUAGUGUUUUGAGGAAGUGUCUCAUGUACCCUAGGAUAGGUGAACUUGAACUUACUAUGUAGCUAAGGCUGGUCUUGAACUCCUGACCCUCUUGCCUCUACCUUUUGAGUGUUGUAAUACAAACAUGGACCUGGCUCUGUGUACACUGUUUGGGAAAGCUAAUUGAUUCUGGAUUAGAAUUGAAAUAUUAAACAUCUCCACCACCAGC